AGAGGUUUGUUGGAGAUUGGGGAGGGUUCUUGUUGCUGUAACAUACACCGGGCAUUGUUCUCGCGGGUAGAUGUCGCCUUACAAGACGGCUAGCAUGGCGUGACUGAUUGAUCGGGCUGGCAACAUAGAACCCCAUCAAACAAUACCGGCCACCUCUGCCGGGAGGGGAACAUGUAUUUGUGGAAACCUUUUGUUUAAAUUGUUCAGAUUGAUACAGGCGAGACAUGUGAGGUAUCUCUAGUUCUGGACGGAAUUAGCGCUUCAUUUUCGGAACAUUGGAGUACAUAAAGCUUCGACAGACCUGGGUUGAUAUCGAACCGGGGCGUAUCGCUUCCUGCAACCUCGUGGCGGACAUCAUUUGAGGGGGAGAUGAAACCGGCCAGGGAGUCUUUCGGCAGAUUUCAAUAAUCUAAGGACGAGACAUUGAUUCAAAACCAACUGGAAUAAACUAGGUAUAGAAGUGACAGGAUAGACCUAGGUGACAAAUUUAAAUAUUUGGCCAUCGUUGUAAAACGACAAUAUCGUGGAUAUUUGAAAUUAUAGUGUUAAUAACAAAGGCACUUUCACGGGCCAUAAAGUUCAAAUUGUCGCCGAAAGUACAUAAAAUUUUAUUGCUUAUUUUCAAUUUAUCAAUAUUACGUGAUGAAAGAAGAAUCGAAUAUCAGAGACGUGUUGUGACACUGCUAAAUGUUAAUCAUACAAAGUUCGGAAUUUAGUUAAAGUGAAACGUUUCUUAAAAUAAACCUGCAUAUUUUUAUUUGUGAAUUUUAUAUUCCGCCCUCUAUUUAUUAAGCUCAAAUUUGGAAUUUAGCGUAUGACAAAUUAGUUUUGUGUGUAUAGUAAGUUGGUACAAGUGAAGCUCAUUGUUGGGGCCUGAAACCAAACAACGGACUGGUCGUGAUAACGUCAGCGGGUAAUUGAACAAAGCGUCACAGCAUGAGAGUAACAAGCACAGCGUGAGAUUGGCUUACAAAACCCUGGCUUUGUCUUCACACUGCUCGAACAAUCCCGGAAACGGAAAUACACGCCUAUUGGACUCAAUCAAUCAUGGAUUAUAUUUAUUUAUCAUUCUACGGUGAAGUUAGGUAAACUGUAGCAAAGCAUGUCUUCGAGUGUCCAUGUACUAUGUGAUAGGAAUUCUAAAAAUGAACUAUCGAUGAUACGGAUGUGUGAACCUGUAUGAUUUGGAUAAUAAGAGCGUUAUGAAACAUUUCCUUCACAUUGUUAUUUUCCUAGAACAAUGAUGGAAUAUAUGGUGCCCAAUAUCUGAACUUCAUCUAAUACAUUCUAUAUAUUAAGUUGUGUACAAACCUGGGUGGAGGGCUGUGUAAGCCGGAUGGCUGCGGGUAUGGGUGACAGCGAGGAGAGCAGCGGGAACGCGUACAAGUGCCGGGUGACGUUGCUGGCUUCUCAGGGCCGGGGCCGCGCACUGGAGGGCAUCAUGGCCGCCCUUACCGAUUGGGUGGACCCCUACAGGCAAAUUAUUGACGUUGACGAGAAAAUUCCGGACGAGAACUUGUACAAGGGGCGGAGAGCGGAGCCUCCAAGAGUAAACGGGAUUCUCGUGACGCCAUCCCUCAGUAUUAUGUUGUUUAUGAAAGAAGAUGGUGACAUGUGUGUAAGUGACAUUCAACGUAUUAUAGAAAACCCGCCUUGGCAGUUCCACCAUAAGGUAGAGUUACAAAACAAGAGUGCUCCUGAUAAGCCCGUAGCAAAGCAAGAGUUUUACAAACUGUCCGACGAUUUGCCACUGUUUGCCGCCUGUCCAGUGCUGACAAACACGGAACAUUUACGUAUAAACAUGUACGUGCACAGGUUUACAAAAAUGGUAGAAUUCUACAGGAGUAUCACUGAAACAGAGAUUGAGACGAGUAAACCGGAGUUUUGUAUAUUUGAACUCUACCAGCAGCCGGGCCUAAACAUACAGCUAUCAUUAAAACACUCUCCUUAUCUGUAUCCGGUGCCCGUAGAGUCUGCCUACAUUAGUUUUAACGUCCGAAGCGUCGAGGACAUCCGGGUGGCAACGGGUGUCGCCGACAUUGAAUGUGUCGGUGGCAACGUGUACACGACACGUGACCCUGACGGCAACCUCGUGAUUUUAUACGAGAACGACCACGUACAGCAGGCUUUGUUUUGUGAUCUGGCAAACGCUGCGUGUAACCACAAGCUCGCUGUCUCCCCACUCUGCCUCGCCUGUGACAACUUCUCAUUCGACGACGGCAAGAGUCUCCACAGCACCGCAGAGAGUCACGACUCUGGCCGCUUCUCGGACCUGGAGGGCGGCAAGGCGGAUAUCGGCACAAAUCAGAGGGACAAGAGAAACAAACCGGGGACUCGAGACAAAACAAAUCGUGUGAAAAGUGAAGGAUACGCUAGCUCAGAUAGCAGUUCGAGUUUAACGCCAGUCGAGAGGCAGGGAAACCAGACCAUACACCAGCCUAAUAACCUACCACAGAACAGCAAAUCACGUAUAACCUCUGGAUCAAGGACCCCCCAGGAUCAAACUAAAACUAACGUUAAUCCGUCUCAACAACCAAAGUCUUGGGCCAGCAGUGAGAGUCCAGUGGAGUUAAAACAAACUAUAACUUCUAAGUCAAGAACUCAGCAGCCAAGCAGUAAGUCCACCCCCCGUGGACGUAUUAUGAGAGAUAGUGAAACUGUAGCAAACAAGCGUGAUACACGCUUCACUCCGGCGUAUUUAUGAUUUUUAGAUUCUAUUUCAGAGUGGUGACUGUAUUAUGCAAUUGUAGUCAACAAAAGUAGAACAUACGAUAGUUUUAAAUUCUUGCCAUUCACUAAUUAUUUUUCAUUUAUUUUUUCCAUUAUUUAUAUGAUUGAAAUAACAAGAUGUAGGCGUUUUCUUCGGACAAUUGCAAAAAUAGUCGAUUAUUAGAUGUGAACUUAAUUUGUUGAAGGAUUGUGCAAUUGCCGAUGCCAGUAACCAUGAAAAUGCCCAGUUAUCGAAAGUUUAAAGUGACACUCUUAUUCAAAAUCAAUACAUUCACAUGUAUAACAAACAUCAAUUUUGACUGAUAAAUCUUUAACUACUUACUAAAUAAUGCAUUUAUGGAAAAUAUAAAUUACUGAUAACAAGAUUCUAACCUUGUAUUUAAUAGCAGAAAGCGCAACAAUAUUAAAUGAUUGGUGAAUGCUAAAAUAUUUACUGUGGUGUACUAUACAUGUAGAAAUAGCUUUUUUAUGGUCUUUUCUUUCAAAUUAAACUCGGUAUCCUUCAUUAGAAACAUUAUUUUCGACAUUUAUUCAUCCUUUUUGCAAUAUUAAAACAAUAUUAUUAAUUGUGGUUAAUCUUAUUUGGGAGUAAGAGUGCAUCUGUUAAACUGUUAAGAUGCAAAUGGCAAUUAAUGUGUCAUACGACAAUGAACUAGAUACGACAAUGAACUAGAUACAUAAACGUACAUACAUAAACAGGCCACACACGCAUCAAAUAGCUUUACCGACAAAUGAUGGGACUACCGCCCAAGGAUAUUAUAACAUUAUGUGCUUGUGAAAAUAUCCUGAAGUAGUCUUUUUCACUGGAACACGAGUCUACCGGGUGUUUAAACUAGUUUGUAUGGCCAUAAACUUGAUCAUUUGCCCCUGCAUUAUUUAUCAAUAAUUACAGAAUUAAAAACAAUGAAGAAUAAAGUAAUAAAAAUAACAUAUAAACUGAGACUCCAGUCACAAUCUGUCUCCAGGAAGGUAUCGUAUGUUUCGACUGUUGUGACCUUGACCUUUGACUGCUGUAACCCAUGACAUUCGUGUAAUGGCCAAGGCUUGCAUA